AUAUGUUUUUUUAAUGAAGGUUUAUAUUUAUGUAAUUACCGCACGUGCUGUAUUAUUGCAUAGUUUAAACGUAUGUUUUCUUACGAAAAUUCUUUUUUUUUCUUUUAAAUUGAAUAAACGCGUUUUUUUCCAUUUGAUUCCGAAGAAAAGAGAAACAUACAUUGCGAAGAGAGAUUUCACAUUCGUGGCAGUGAUCCUCAACUUGUGUUACAAAACAAAAAAUAUAGCGAUAAAGGAUAAAAUAUUUAUUUUUUUCUAAGGGGAAAGAAAAGAAAAAGAAAGAAGUUCUUUUUUGAUCGAGAGUAAAAAAACAUUUUGAGAAAAGCGAUUCAAUCAUUCGUUCGAGAUCAUUCUAAUUGUCGAUCCUAAUUAUAGAGUACAAUAUCAUUUUAAAUUAGGGAUUCUCAAUGUAUAAUACGUAGUAAAAGUUUUAGGUAUGUCACGUGAGAAAGUAUAUAAUUUAAAUACAAAAUUUACUGUAUACGUAUAUAUAUAUAUAUAUAUGUAUGUAUUUUUUUUUUCUUAUAUUUCCAUUAUUAUACUAUAACCAUAGUUUUAUAUUACCCUUAUACAAGGGAUACGCUACAUUUACAUGGAGAAUGUACGUGAAACAUACAAGAUUGCGAAUCACUGCUUCAAUCAAUUACUGUACAUCUAUACAGAUCUAAAAAGAAAAAUAAAUUAUUAAUCGAUCAAUCGAUCGAUGCUAACUUUGUGACGUAACAUAAAUCGUAUAUGUAAAUAUUUUAUUCGUGUAAAUGUUGAUAAAAAGAGAUCGCUGUUUGUAGUUUUUAUUUUUUGUUUCUUUUUUCUGUCAGAGAGUGGUUAAGUUAGAACGGACGCCGUGACCUACGAGAUCAUCGUCACGUAUAUUCGAAUACCUGACAGCACAUGACUUCGUUGGAAGCAUCACGUAAUCCAUAUCUCUACGCAGGAAAGUUCUUGUUCAGAUCAGUGAACGAUUAAAUUGGUUGGUACCAUAACGAUUGACACCAUUAAUUAAUGCAUUCUCACAUUGAAUUGAAUGAAUUUUAUGAUUCACAAUUAUAUUACAUCAUCAUCACAUAUUGUAUUUUUAUCGAGAGUAAAAAUUUGUAUAAAUUUGAAAAUGUUAUAAUAUCUAUAAAAGGUAAAUUUCGAUUCUUCUGACGAAAUACGAAAGUAUGAUGAAACUUUGUUAUGAAAAGUAUCACAAAAGUUCGUAAGUAUUUAUGUAUGUAUGUAUUGCGAUUGGUAAUAAAAAAAAAAAAAAGGAAAAAAAAAAAAGAAGAAGAAACUUUUCAAAAGGACUUUUUUGUUACGAAUUCAUUUUUAAUAUCGAAGAGAGGAAGGACGAGUUUUUUUUCGUACAAUGUCCCUUAAAAAUUUCCUUUCGAUAUAUUUCGUGUCUCUCUUUACCCCCCCCCCCCUUCUCUCUCUCUCUCUCUCAUCUCAAGAAUUUUAUUAUUUCGCAAUUGAUAUUGUAGGAAAGAGUAUGGAAAUAUUUACAUGUUUAUAGAUGAUCCAUUUUGGAUUCUGAGGGAGGGAGAGAGAAAAAAAAUUAUUAAAAAAAAGUCAAUACAAUCAUGAUGAGUGUUAAAAUAAUACUUGUCUAUCGUUGAUAAAUUUAGAAUCACUACCAACUGUACUUUUGAAUAGAGUUAGUAUAUAUAUAUACAUAUACAUAUAUAUAUAUAUAUAGACAUACACAUAUCGAUCGAUAAUUGUAAGCUUUGACAAGACGUCAUUCAAAUUGCGUGUUUGUUUUGUCUGUUAAUACAAUGUAAAAAAAAAAAAAAAAAAAAAUGCGAUAUUCUCUAUAAAACGUAUCAAGAGAAAGAGAUUACUUGAUAGGAUAAGAAAAUUUAAAAAAGUGAUCAUUUUUCACGAUACCAAUGAUGGUAGGAGAUGAAAGUUCGAAAUUUUUACGUAAGGUAUUCGAAGAAUUCAGCGCGAGUUUUAAAACGUUCUGCGAUUGGCUAACAUGUCCGUCGGCGAACGUUGAUUGGUGAUCGAAUUGGAUGUGGUGGGGAACAAGUGUUUAAGCAGGGUCUGUGGUGGAGUAUAGGAACUUAAAGGUCACCUUCAGUCGCCCAAACGUUGUGCGAGUGUUGUCUUUGACGGUUCGAGAGGUAGCAGCUAGAGUGCUGUAUUUUGUCUCACAGAGAGCGAGAGAGAGAGAAAAAGAAAAAGACAGAGACAGAGAGCGAAGAGCACGUUUUAUCGUUGCUUCCUUCGCUCGUUGAGCGUAAAUUUCUUCUUUAAAAAAAUUGUCAAUUUUGCGGCACAAUCAUGGCGGAAGAUUUAUUACAACAAACCAAAUUUAUAAAACCAGGUAGUCAUAAAGGUAAAGGCCUAGCUGUCUUUACCAGUGGUGGUGAUUCGCAAGGUAUGAAUGCUGCAGUAAGGGCAGUUGUAAGAAUGGGUAUAUAUUUGGGUUGCAAAGUUUUCUUUAUCAAAGAAGGUUAUCAAGGUAUGGUUGAUGGUGGAAGUAAUAUAGUAGAAGCAACUUGGUCAUCCGUAUCAUGUAUUAUUCAUAGGGGUGGUACAAUGAUAGGAUCUGCUAGAUGUAAAGAAUUCAGAGAACGUGCUGGUCGUUUAAAAGCAGCUAAAAAUUUAGUAACAAAUGGAAUAUCCAAUUUAGUUGUUAUUGGAGGUGAUGGUUCUCUAACUGGUGCAAAUCUUUUCAAAGAAGAAUGGGCUGACCUUUUGAAAGAACUUGCAGCAACUGGUGAAAUAACGCCUGAACAAAGUGAAAAGUACAAAUGGUUACAUAUUGUUGGUAUGGUGGGUUCCAUUGAUAAUGAUUUCUGUGGAACUGAUAUGACUAUUGGAACAGAUUCUGCAUUACAUCGUAUUAUAGAAAGUAUUGAUGCUAUUGUUAGCACAGCUUAUUCUCAUCAACGUACAUUUAUAAUGGAGGUUAUGGGCAGACAUUGUGGUUACCUGGCUCUAGUGGCAGCUAUCUGUUCUGAAGCAGAUUAUGUUUUCAUCCCAGAAUGGCCACCAGAGCGGGAUUGGCCGAACAAGCUCUGCAAAAAAUUAUUGCAGGAACGUCUUACUGGGCAACGAUUGAAUAUUAUUAUUGUAGCUGAAGGCGCUGUAGAUAGGAAUGGUGAUCCUAUUACUGCUGCAAAAGUACAUAAAGUUGUUGUUGAUAAAUUACAACAAGAUACUAGGAUCACUGUGUUGGGUCAUGUCCAAAGAGGUGGUAAUCCAUCUGCUUUUGAUAGAGUGUUGGGAUGCCGAAUGGGUGCUGAAGCUGUAAUGGCAUUAAUGGAAGCAACGCCUGAAACAGAAGCUUGCGUUGUUACAUUGGAUGGAAAUCAAGCUGUUAGAUUGCCACUAAUGGAAUGUGUACGUCGUACCAAGGCUGUAGCUAAAGCUAUGGCGGAUAAAAAUUGGGAUCUUGCAGUUCAACUUCGGGGAAAAGGUUUCGCUCGUAACUUGGAAACAUACAAAAUGUUGACUCGAUUGAAAGCACCUGCAGAUUAUGAUGCAAAGGAAAUGAAUGGUCCUACAUUAACAAAGCAAUUCACUUUAUGUGGACAAGAUCAUCAUACGGUAGCUGUAAUGCAUAUUGGUUCACCUUCUUGUGGUAUGAAUGCUGCAGUACGUUCUUUUGUACGAAACUGCAUCUAUAGAGGUGAUAAGGUCUAUGGAGUCUGUGAUGGUAUAUUGGGUCUUAUAUCUGGAAAGUUUAAAUUAAUGGAUUGGCCCUCUGUAACAGGAUGGGUAGCACAAGGUGGCGCUUACUUAGGAACAAAACGUACUCCUCCAAGAGAUGAUCAAUUACCUCAAAUAGCUCAAAAAUUAAAAGAAUAUGGAAUCCAGGCUUUGCUUAUUAUAGGUGGAUUCGAGGGUUAUCAAACAGGACUUACAUUCUAUAAUGCAAGAGACAAAUUUGAAGAAUUUAGAAUUCCUAUUGCUAUGAUACCUGCUACUAUUAGUAAUAAUGUUCCUGGGACAGAAUUUUCUUUAGGUUGCGAUACUGCCUUAAACGAAAUUACUGAGAUUUGUGACCGCAUUCGUCAAUCAGCACAAGGUACUAAACGUCGUGUAUUUAUCAUAGAGACAAUGGGUGGUUUUUGCGGUUAUUUAGCGACUGUAGCAGGAUUAGCUGGUGGUGCUGAUGCAGCUUAUAUAUUCGAGGAAAAAUUCAAUAUUAGAGAUUUAAAUCAAGAUGUAAUAGCUAUGGCUGCAAAAAUGUCAGAAGGUGUGCAGAGAGGACUUAUUCUUAGAAAUGAAAAUGCUAAUUUGAAUUAUAAUACUGACUUCAUGCAGAGACUAUUUAGUGAAGAAGGAAAAGGAUUGUUCAGUUGUAGGAUGAAUAUAAUCGGACAUAUGCAACAAGGUGGUUCACCGACUCCUUUUGAUCGUAACUUGGGUACUAAAAUGGGUUCUAAAGCUGUUGAAUGGUUUAGCGAGCAAUUUAAAAAAUAUACUAAUGCGGAAGGACGUCCAGUUACAACGGAUCCAACUAGUGCAGUAAUGUUAGGUAUCGUUAGAAGACAAUAUAGGUUCACACCUUUCACAGAACUCAUGGAAGUUACUGAUUUCGAGCAUCGCAUUCCGACGUAUCAAUGGUGGAUGAAGCUACGACCAUUGCUGAAAGUUUUAGCGAAGCACGAAUCGACAUACGAAGAAGAAGGUCUAUAUAUAACUGUAGAAGAAAUGGAUCUUGGCAAUGAUGCGCCUCUUGUGUAAUUCAUACACAUCAAUACCUCGUACCUAACUGAAGGUAAUAUGUCUAUGAUGUACACAUUGAUUGUGUGCAAAAUAAGUUUUAAUAAAUAUUUGCAGUAUUGUGUUAUAUUAGAAUAUUCGCGUUUGAUUGCUUAAGAUGAAAAAUAAAAAGGAAUAGAAUUUUAGAUAAUACUUUUUAAUAAAUAAGAAAUUUACAAAAUUCAAUCCUAAACGUAUUAUCAUUACACAAACGUUAUACAAAAGAAAAAAAAAACUUAUUAUACUAAUGCACUUCUCUGUGUAGUUAUAUAUUGGUAAGCCGAAAACGUAACAAAGAAGAAAGAAAAAACCUGAAAAUGUGAAUACUUAAAAUAAACUGCAUAUUGUAAAAAGACACGAGUGGUAAAUAGGUAACUUUAUUUUGUUUUUUGCGUUAUCAUCUUUACACCUUAAGCAUAUAUUAACUCAGGUAACAAAUAGGUACAAAGGCAAUACCUAGAAACAGAAAUUUUAAAUUACUUUAUCAAAUUAAUAAUGAUAUUAAUUAAUGAUAUCUCUCUCUGUUACUCAUGAUUAAUUAAUAAUACAAGAGUGACAAGGUAAUAUCAUUGCGAUAUAUUGGGUAUAUGUAAAAUUAGCUGUGUGUGUAUAUUUACAAGUAAUAAUGCACAUUAUUACAUAUCUAAAAUGCUUAUCUAAAUUAUAUCACUUUUUCUUUAAUAUUAUUUGCGAGAAGCAUUAUUUAUAUAUCUAUAUACGUAUGGUGGAAACAGAAAAUUAAAAUUGUGUGGCACUAAAGAAAAUUUGAGUUAUGGUAAAAUUUUUAACAUAAAUUAAGAAAAAUGUGUAUGUAUUUUGAAAAUAGCGUUUAAAAAUAUCGCAGUUUCAAGAGUUUGAUAUGCGGCUCCGAUUCUCAUAGUGUAAUAUUUUUAUAUAUCUAAUGUUGGACCACUUUUUGGUCAGAUAAAGGAUAUAUUAUAAGAGAUAUAUCUAAGAAAUAUAAUAUGUAUACUAAUUAUUACGCUGGCAUUAAUAUUUUUAUUUUCUUAUUAAUAUUUGCCCCAAAUAAACGUAUCUAUAUAUAUAUAUAUAUAUACACAUAUUGAUAAAGCAAUCAUUCUGGUAUAUUUACAAUCAAUAGUAAUGCAAUGUUUAUGAACAUAUAAGAUAAUUUUAUUUAUAUGAAUGAAUGAAUUAAUGACCUUGAUAUUUUAAUUUAUUUGAGUAUUAUAAAAUAUUACAAUUUGUUUAUGAGCCUUCGAUAUAUUUCAUAUUUUAAUAAAUUACCAAUGGUAAAGCUCAAAAAUCGUAUAUUUAGUAUUUCAUCGAUAUAACAUGUACAACAUGAGUCGAGAAGUAUAUCAGAUUUAGUCUUACUCAACACAAGAUAAAAUGCUAAACUGUGUUUGUGGUUUAUUAAGAAUGUAGAAAUAAGAAAAAUGUUUUGUGCCAAUUUAUGUUGAUAAAUAAAGUUUUACUUUCAGUUUAGCAUUAUUAAAAGCUAUCAAAAGCUAUUUGGAGAAUAUACUUGUCUACCUCAAAACAUAAUUUGCAAUUAAGAAUGACUAUUGGGAAUGAAUUGACCCUGAGUCACACUGAUUGCAUAUAUCAUUAAAACAUUUUGCUAAAAUUUAAGAUUUUGCGAUCAUGAAAGUAUUUAGAUUCUUUUUUCCUAUUAUACUUAUACAUAUACUUGCAAAUGAAUUUAGCAAGUGUGUUGUGAACUCAUAUUUAAUUUUAAAACAUAAUGUAGUCUUCUUCGUGUCUUGUCAAAUUAUGAAAUCGUGUAUUAACAUUACAAUACUACUAAAAGUAAUGUUGUUUCUGAUUUCACUCGUGUUUCUAAAUUCGUCUAAAAAUAUUAAAUAUUGUUAAAUCUAUGUAAUAAUAUAAUGUGUGUAAUUGUGAAAUGUUAACGAAAUGGGAAAUGUUCAGAACAGUAUAUUGCAAGAACUCAUUAAAUGUUAUUAAUAUAAAAAAAUUUACUAA